AUGGUGAUAACGAACAUUGUUGAAGCCCAAAAGUCAUUCAAUCAUUACGAAUCAGUAGCAGAAGAAACGCAAAGCUCUCAAACAUCAGAAGUUGGAUUAGCUGCAUUAGAGAGUCAGCAUCUCCUGCUGAUCAGUCGCUCCCACCGUGUGCUCCUUGUCAAAGAUCGGAAAAUAAUGAGAAAAUCUGUUGACAAAUCAGUAUCUAUUGCACAAGAUCCUUGCUUACAACACGGAACACUCCUAGAACCACACAGGAGCAGCCAGUUCCAGCCGGAGCCGACGGAUCAUCUGCAAUGUGAUAACGGAUUACAGGCCGGGUGGUACACGUUUGAUAACAAUGAUGAGAUGCCUACCUCCUGUGUUACCCAGUAUCACUGUGGAACCCACUUCCCCUUGUGGAUGCAGGGUUCCCACCCGACCCAGGCCGAUGGAAUUGUCUCAAGGAAGGCCUGCUCUAAUAUCUACGGUAGUUCUAGUCAGAGCUGCUGUGAUUUCUCUCUGGACAUCCAGGUGAAGAAUUGUGGGAGUUUUUACGUCUACUACCUCCAGACUGUUCCAGCAUGCGCCAUGGCCUACUGUGCAGGCAACAAGAAAGUCUGCAACGUAGGAGGCGUACCAACUGUAGGUGGCAGCUGUCCCGAUCUAUAUCCUAAAAUGACCAGUUUGCCAGUCCUGAAAAAUCCUGAGGUAACUCCUUCAAAGGACGUUCGUUUUCCAUGUAGAAUCAAUUACCCAAUAGGUCAACCUGAUGUUGGGUUCAGAGUGACUUGGACGGUAGAUGGUCAAAUACUUAAAAAGAACGCAACACAUCCACUGGAGACGAUUUUGAAAGGGGAUUCCAGAAUUGCUUACCUCGACGCCAUGAAACUCCAAGGAAAUCUUGGAAAAGAGCUGAAGUGUGUGGUGUCCUCCUUCCAUCCGUCACGUGGUGCGGGUGUCAGCAGUGACUCACUCAGUAGUAACGGUUACUGGUGUGGAAUUAGGAUGACCCCGGACAGACUCAAUGUGGAUGAAGGUGGCCCGGAGAAGACGGUGAAGGUGGAGUCCACCAUACCCAUCCCCUGUAGGAGCCUCUUCCCUGAUGAUUGUAAACUGACGGUAAAUCUAAAGGGGCUACGCAAUCCGGCAGAUGCCUCCCUCUCUGGUUGUCACCUUGAUCUUAGACUUGACAAUGUCACGGGGCUGUAUUCCACUCUCAUCAAAGUCAAAGCCACCAGAGAUUUCAUCAAAGACCACAACCAUAUCCACCAAUUGGCAUUUAAACCUAUCCUGGACUUCACCCAUCCCAUGUGGCAAAAUUACACCGCUACCUCCAUCACGAUUGGUACAACGGACAAGGACCAUGGGCAUUGCCUCCCCUGGGGAGAUCCCCAUUUUUCUGGAUUUGAUUAUAAAAAGAACUAUAAUGUAUAUGCGGUGGGGGAUUUCGUUCUCUACAAAUCUUUGAACCAAAAAAGACCAUUCGAGGUUCAGUUGCGGACUUGGCCGUGCGGAAGUUACCACCCCUGUAUCUGUGCCAUCAUUGCACGGGAGGCAAACGACAUCGUGGAGGUGGAUAUGUGUGAAAAGAGAGCAGGCGUUGUGGAGGCUCCCUCAGUGUCUUAUCCCUCCGGACACCCUCUGGAGGGAACCACUGUUAGCAGGGAUAAAACCGGAAAAAUAUUCUAUAUUAAUUUCCCGUCGGGAGCGAGACUUGAGGUUAAGACCCAUAUUUCGGGUGGGCGUACCCGUAAAGAGCACCUCCCUGUAAUGAAUGUGGAUAUCCAGGCACCUCCAGAUGACUACAGAGGGAGUGAGGGGCUUUGUGGGAACUGGAAUGGUUUACCUGAUGGUGCCUUCAGAGGAGGGGAUGGACGAACAUAUACCCUCAACAAAAUCGCAGACUUUGCCAAGAGCUGGGCUCUUCCAACUGGCAGUAGCAUGUUUUACCAGAUUCCAAAAUACGAACAGCAUUUGGCGCCUAAGUUUGAAUAUUGUUCCUGUAAACAAGGAGGAGUGACCUGCACCAAAGUUGGAAACGGAGCCAUAAAUCCAAGCAAGGCUAAGGAUGGGUCGAUCAUAAGUGGCAAGAACACACAUCCUCGACGAUCAGCACGCUCCUACACUGACCAUUAUCCUGAGAGAGAUAUUGUCAUGGAUCCUAGGAUGGCCGCAAGAAGACUGAAGAGGAACGUGGAUGCUUCGUUCCCAACGCCAAGUGGGAUCACACAAAAUCAGGCCCAUAAAUCCUGCCAACACUCUAUUAUGACGUCAUCUCUUUAUAGUCAAUGUCAGCACACAGAUAUCAUUAACGACAUCAUGGACGGAUGCAUCGAGGAUAUAAAGUAUUCUGAUUCAACAGCAGUAUUUAAGCUGGCUGCUAUGAACGCCUUUGAUAGUGCCUGUCAUAACGAGCUUGCUAAAGAUCCCAGCAACAUCCAGUACGUCAACGGAGACCCGGUUAUAAAACCCUCAGUGACUGGCUGUCCAAAUCAGUGUUCCUUAAAUGGAAACUGCGUCAGUGGCACGUGUCAUUGUAACCAUGGAUACAUGUCAGACGACUGUUCUAUUCAAGUGGGAGUUCCCCCAGUUAUCCAUCGCAUCAGGGGAGAUGGUAAUUGUGAUAUCAGGAGCCGACCUUGUAGACAAGCUAAUGUCAUUGUUGACAACAUCAUGGAUUCAGCAAACCUUUCAUGCAGGAUUACUCCAGUCGAUCUAUCAAAAGGUGGACCGGUAGACGCAGGUCCAGUGGUAAUAAACAAAGGAGAGUUCCUCAGCUUCUUAGAGGUUCUGUGUCCAAUACCCGAAAAUAAUGUCAUGAAAGGUCUCAGUGCCCAGGGUUUCAAGAUCUCAGUGACGUCAGAUGGUCGUCAUUACAGCCAUGACGCUCUGUUUAUUGUGGCUGACGGUUACUGCAUGAAAUGUACAGCCGCAGGUGUCUGUACACACAACCCAGAUAGCUGUUUCAUUGAUGGAAUGUGCCAACGCAGUGGUGAUCAAAACGACAAUGGAGAUGUCUGCGAUCCUUCUGUCUCAACUAACGACUGGACACCGAGCAAAACCGUCCAAGAAGUAGACCAUUACACAGCUGCCUUCACCGGAUGUCGUUGUCCCUACAACACUAACCUGUUCGACUGCGCAUGCUGCCAAAAUGGCGGAUGUCAGUGUGGCGAAGUCCAGUCCAAUCAGUGUACCGACUGUAACAAGAUGGAGCUGUGUGGAACCAACCCGGGACUGUUCCCGCCACCUACUCUUUAAUGUCAUGAUUAAUGUAUUUCUUCAAAUCAAUUUUCAAUACUAAUAUAUUUUCGUUCACUUCUUUCACUUGAUUCUGUUUCAUGCAGAAGGAAGAUGGAAACCUUUACUGUAAUUUUGAAUAUGCAUUGAAAACAGAGUUAUAUAUGAAAUGUUAAAAACGAACAGCAUCUUAGAAUUGUUCUUCGUGCAAAUGACCUUUUACAAUUUUUAAAACCAUGUUU